AUGUCAUAUACUAAUUUCUAUAAACCAGAACUGAUUAGAAGAUCAUAAAAGGAUUCAGAAAUGAUCCAAUAGAUCUCUCAAAAUAUUUGCAAUAUUUUUGAGUAUUUUUUUCAACUGGUUAAAUAUACAAUAAACUCAACUCGAUUAAAAUGUUGA